UUGUCACUGUCAGUUUAUUUUUAUGUUAAAGUUGAGGUUAUUUUAGAAAUAAAUUACAAUUAACGAUUAUAUAAAUUAAAGUAUAAUAAGUUAAUAAAAUAAUGUCCUCUUUUUAAAUAUUAAUUUGCAAAGAAGCGAAACAUGAUGAACUCGCUUCAGAACACCGUAAAAUAUUUACGGUUGAUAAACUUAAAGACAGCUCUAAACACAUUGAAAGAAUGCAGACCUGCACCAACAGCGGUUACAACAAAAUUGGAUUUAAUCUCCAAAGCGAAAACUAUUAACUUCAGUCCACAUAGCAUCAUUUUCGAUAUUAAGGACAAACCAACACAGUAUAAAAAGCAGCAAGAUCCCUUAUCCUACAUACCAAUAGUAAACCCCCGGUCUAUCCUACCCAUAAUUGACACAAACUGGAGAAAAGAUGAAAUUGAAUUGCCAGCUAUCCAUCAAGAAGAGAAGCUAGCUGUACGUUUGAUUGUCAUUCGGAGGAAAAAGAUGAAGAAGCACCAGAGAAGGAAGCUUUGGAAGAGGAUGAGGCAUCGCUGGGCAAGGGUAAAAAAGAAUCGUCGUAUCAAGAAGGAGAAGAUCUUUCAAAAUGAACUCUUGGCUAUGAUAAAGCAAGCAAAUGCAUUCUCUGCUGAGCAGUAUUUAGCCAGUAAGUUGGAGAAAGCCAACCACACCCCGUUGCCAACUCGCUGGCGACACAAACGUCUCCCUAAUUUCAUCAUCAGGCAACUUCUGGGGAUUGAUAAGAAAAUUAAUUACAAACAUAGUGAUGUGUAUAAAGCUUGAAUUUGCUUUUAAUGCAUUUUAUUAGAAUAUUUGUAAGGAAUUUUAAUGUAGAUAAAUAAAUUUUGGUUUUUUAAAGCUGA